CGAGCCUUUUGUGCCCCCCUGCAACCUUCCUGUGAUUCCUGUGUGUUUGGGUUUAUUUUUAAACAGCCGGGGCGAUUUUGGUGCUGCUGUCUCGAGCAUGCUGCAUUAGACUUUGUGUGUGAGGAAGCUUCUGGUGUGAGUUCAAAGGUUUCAGAGCUGAGGCACUUCCUCGUCCCUCCGUUGUUCACAUCACAGCGACCUACAGAGAUCAGCGUCUGAGCACGCUGACCAUGUGUUCUUUCUGACUUAUAUGAGCCUCCUAUCUCACAUACGGCAACAGCGGGAAGUCUAAGGGAUGCUAAGGAGCCCUGGUGGAUUGUGAAAAAUCUGCUUACUUUGAAUCAGCUGAGUGAUGCCAAGAUCAUUUCUGGUGAAGCGAGGGGGGCUGCACCACCUUCGGCCCAUAGUGAGAAGCCCCAGUCCCGGAUCCACCCCGGUAUUCUUCACUAAACCGGAGGAAAACGUGGAGUCUUGGGAUGUAUCCAUGGGGUACUCCACAGCCAAACAACCGGAUAAAAAGCCAGCGUCCAUUCUAACAUCACAGGACGAUGUUUACACGGCCAGUCGCACUGAUGCAAGCGUGCACCUUCACCUAUUCAAUCCCAAAUCUCAUGGUUGCGCUGAGCCCUACAAUCCCUUUAUCAAAGAGGAGAGAGUAAAUGAUGUUCCUCCCAAACCAGCAGUAUGGUUCAGUUCUCCUGUGAGCUCAGAAUAUCCAGACAAACUGUCAGUGGGACUGGGACAUGUGGCAAAGCCACUGUACAUCAAGAGGGAGACGAGGACUGGUGGCUGCGCGACGAUCAGUGUUCUACAACAAGAGUGUCCGCUCUGUGGCAAAAUAUUUUCAUCUCUGUUGAGCCUAAAGACACACAUGUGCAAAGGUCAUGGAGACAAAGCUGUCAAUUUAAAGCCCAGCAGGUCUGAUAAUAAGAGGUCCCCAUAUAGAGGCAAGGAGAAGACUUUUGGCUGCGAGGUAUGUGGGAAAGUGUUCAAACGCUCCUCCACCCUCUCCACCCAUCUGCUCAUACAUUCAGACACACGACCCUAUCCCUGCCAGUACUGUGGCAAGAGAUUCCACCAGAAGUCGGACAUGAAGAAACACACCUUUAUUCACACAGGGGAGAAGCCUCAUGUGUGCCAGAUAUGCGGCAAAGCCUUCAGCCAGAGCUCCAACCUCAUCACGCACAGCCGAAAGCACAGGGACGACCGGCCCUACCGCUGCACUCUCUGCCUCUACAGCUUUCAGCACAAAGCGGACCUACGGCAGCAUCAGGAGCAACACUGCACCUACCGUUGACCUCUGGCCUUUCUUCUUCACCACAUGAAACACUUUGAGGAAAGCCCCUCUAUCUGCUGUUCUGAUGAUCAGUUUUUUUAUAUGUAUAGACUUCGUUCAGCUACAGUCUAAAUUAUCUUUGUGGCCAAUAACAGCCAUUCAUACUGUAUGAAAAGAAAGACUGCCAUAGCUAUGGAAUUUACUCAUUUAGCAGAACCCUUUCAGCUGCUGCUCUCUGCACCUACUUUUUAAACAAAUAAUCUAUUUAAAAUUUCCAAGAUUGAAAUAUAUUAUUUGUCUCUGUUUUAGUCACCUUUUUAUGGGUUCCACCUCAUCAACCUACAGUAUUUAGAAAACACUGCAACACGCUGCUGCAGAGCAUUUAAAUAAAGGACU